AUGGAACUCGUGUCCAAGAUAUUUAGACGGCGCACAACACUUGUCGUGGCCGUUUUCAUAAUCUGCCUCACAUGGCUGUGGGCUAGCAAUUCACAUCAACAAUUCAUCACCAACUCUUCUCCAUCAUCAUCACAUAAUGGAGCGCCAAAAACAUCUCGUCUCCACUACCUCAUACCCUCGAGUAUAGUGAACGAUGCUGUCUGUGCCGGCAUCGUCUCAGCCCUAGUCAACCAGUAUCCAAUUCCCACAUUAAUCGGCUACAAGGGCAAGAAUGAGUUUGACUCAGCAGACCACCUCGCCAAGCUCCGUGUUAUGAACCGUUACUUUGACAAUCUCGAUGCACAAGAUGAUGAUCUCGUUAUUAUUGUGGAUAGCUUCGACGUGCUAGCACAAUUACCUGCAGAGGUCAUGAUUGAGCGUUACUUUGACAUGUCGAAAAAGUCUGAACAACGGCUUGCUGAUCAACGAGGCCUUACCGUCGAUCAGUUACAUGAGCUUGGCAUUCGUCAGACCAUUCUAUAUGGCGCUGGGAAAAUGUGCUUCGUCGCGUCACCAAAUGAGCCUAUGUGUCCAUUGAUGCCACCAUCAAACUCUCCUCGCUACAAGUUCGGUGUCAGGACCGGAAACGACGACACACGGUUCCUAGACUCACGGUAUCUCAACUCGGGUACCAUCAUGGGCCCUGUGGGCGAUAUAAGAAAGUUUGUCAAAGCUAUUCUCGAUCUCGUCAAGGCGGAUGACGAAAAGGUUGACCCCAACGACGAAGACAGGGUGAGGAUUCACCACAUGGACCAAUGGUUCACGGCGCAACUUUACGUGCGCCAAGAAUAUCAUCGUGCUCUUGAUAUGAAUGACGGAGAGUAUCCCGCUGAUUUGAGCAACCUUACUUCACUACCGAGACCAAGAGAUGGGCCUGAAGACAAUACCGAGUUUCAUGUCUUUGUUGACUUUGAUUCGGCAUUUACACAAACUCAGUGUCGGAAUGAACUUGAGAUCCAGUUUCUCAAAUACAAAAAUCAUGAUCUCACCGCAUCUAUCGACCGAGACUUCCUACAGCAAGAUACUGCGUUUCGACCAUACACCAUUCAGAUGCCCGCAAGUCUCUACCAAGCUUUUGGCAGAAUAUGGGAGAGGUUAUCUGCCGUCCCAGAAUUGCAAAUAGCAUUACCACAGAGGCAGUGGAUUCAGCGAACGUACCUGGCGACCAACAUCGCUUCGGAAAGUAUCUACGCAUUCUACCACAAUACAUGCGAUAAGCGAUUCUUUCUCGAACGUUACAAGCACUUUUGGUUCUAUCCAUAUAUAACCACACUGCUUGAACAGGCCAAGGCCCAUAUACAACAAGGGAAGCCUAUUCAUCCAGGGCUUAUAAAUGGACGCAGCUGGGUGGCUGCUCAGGCUUAUCCAGUGGAUGAUUCCUCUCGAGUGGGAAAGGAUAGCCUGGGAGGGGUGUAUACCGACUUGGAAGAAGAACUAUUUAUUGAUCUAAGUCAACUGUGUAGAGAGAACACCACUACUAUCCUCAACAUAAAGUAG